AUGGUGCAUCCGCAUCUCUCUCGUACUAAGCGUACUUUCUUCUCCCACAGUAGCCAAAUGAUUUCUAGGCAUAUCCGCAAGACCAACAGCUUGGCGUUUGUACGUGCAUUGUCCGCUUCCGAAACUGCUGUCACGCCUAGAAGAAAAAGAACUGUCUUUACCGAUGAGUUGAACAAAGGUCCCUCUUUUGAAGAUUUUGUGAGCGGAAAGGCUGCAGAUGUUUUCGUUGAUCCCUUGGAGGCUGCUCGGAAGGACCCGGAAGCCAAACUUCCUAAGUGGCUUAAGGUGCCCAUCCCGAAGGGACGGUCGUUCCAUAGCGUCAAAAAAGAUGUGCGUGAAUUAAAGCUAGCCACGGUUUGCGAAGAGGCAAAGUGUCCAAACAUCAGCGAAUGCUGGGGCGGAAAAAAGUCCGAGGCCACUGCAACCAUUAUGUUGCUUGGUGACACUUGCACGAGAGGAUGCAGGUUCUGUUCUGUCAAAACGAGCAGAACGCCAGCGAAACCAGAUCCAAUGGAACCGGAGAAUACGGCAGAGGCCAUCCUGAGAUGGGGCUUGGGAUAUGUCGUUCUUACCACAGUUGACAGAGAUGAUUUAGCAGAUGGUGGCGCUGCACAUUUGGCCGAAACAGUUAGGCUAAUAAAACAAAAGGCUCCUCAGAUCUUGGUGGAGGUGUUGGGAGGUGAUUUUAGAGGGGAUUUGACGUCGUGCGACACUUUGGCCGUCUCGGGAUUGGACGUCUAUGCUCACAACUUAGAAACCGUCGAAGCCUUGACGCCGCACGUCAGAGAUCGCAGAGCAACCUACAGACAGUCAUUGUCGAUUCUUGAAAGAGCCAAACAGGCAAAGCCAUCGCUCAUCACGAAGACAUCGUUGAUGUUGGGUUUCGGAGAAACUGACGAACAGAUCAUGCAAACAUUGCGGGACUUGCGUGGCAUUGGAUGUGACGUGGUGACUUUCGGACAGUACAUGAGACCUACGAAAAGACACAUGAAAGUGGUGGAGUACGUGAGACCAGAGAAGUUUGACUACUGGAAAGAGGUUGCGUUGGAAAUGGGCUUUUUGUAUGUUGCGAGUGGACCUUUGGUGCGUUCAUCUUACAAGGCCGGUGAAGCGUUCAUUGAGAAUGUUUUGCGUAAGAGAAAGCACAAUGUGGGAGACUCUCCAAGAUUGGCGUAA